ACUAUGUUUAAAAAAAUUAUUUACUUGGUUUUAACCGCACACCUUUGUGAAAGUUUUCUGUUUAAUGAUGACAACCCACACGCUUGUAACCUUACAAAUGGAGGCACACCUUUUAUAUUUGAGGUUCUGCCCGGGCUAGGAUGGGACAACCUUAUUAACGAAAACCGAGGCGUUGUAUUAAACUACAAUUACUCUUACUGCAAAACAACAGAAGACAGACGGUACCUUAUCCCUAACGAUGUCGUUGUGAUACCAAUUAAAAAGAGUCAAAUGAACAUUUUUUCGCAGAUAUAUGAUCAUUGGUCCCAGUAUGAAUCAGACACGGCUUUUUCUAUCAAUGCAAAUGGAUAUGGAUGGACUCUAGCGGGAAAAAUUUCUGGAAGUAUGUCCACCGAAUUUCAACACGUAAAAUCACAUCAAAUCGAAGAUAAAGCAAUGACUACAAAAGUGCAAGCAAGGUUUCGUCGCUACACGGCUAAAGUCAUACCUGAUUCGCAGCUCAAUCCAGAAUUUCGGAAACGGGUUUUAAGAAUAGCUAACCACAUUCAACACAAUCGCAGUUUGUCCACGCAAUAUGAAAGCCAGCUGCUGAUAAGAGAUUAUGGGUCUCAUGUUAUAACUAGUGUAGAAGCCGGAGCAUCGAUUGUGAAAGUAGAUCACAUAAAGUCAUCGAUUACCAGUGACAGUACAAUGGACAAAACGACGAUUUCUGUCGCCUCUAGCUUUUCAUUUCCUGGACUUUUCAGCGUUAGCUUAUCAUCACGGUUCAGCAAUACUCAGAGUUCUGUGGAUAAAUAUAAUCAAUACAUAACUGAUUCCGACAUAAGGACGUAUGGAGGUCCCAUAUUGAGCCCCGAUAAUUUUAAUAUUACCAAUUGGUCAAACAUGAUCGGAAAUGACUUAGUUACGAUCGAUAGAGACGGAAUGCCCAUUUAUACAGUAAUUUCACCUCAAACAUUUCCCGAACUAUCUGAUUUUCUUGUUAACAAUGUUGUUCAGAAUGUACAAAUGGCAAUUUCAACUUAUCUUAAGCACAAUACGUACAGAGGAUGCACCAAUCCAGCCGAUCCUAACUUUAGUAAGGUUGCAAAUCUUGAUGAUGGGUCUUGUACGAGUCCUCUUACAAACCUCAGCUUUGGAGGAGUAUAUCAGAUCUGCAGAUUAUCCGGACAGUCGUUACCAAAUAACGAAAACCCCUGCGAAGGUUUAUACACAUUGAACCCUCAAACUGGCACGGAUAGAUGCCCGGACGGUUUUGAUGCAAUACCUCUAUAUAGCAGUCAGAAAGUGAUCACUAGAUCUGCACCUAGUUGUCACAGAUGUUGGCUUUUUUUUAAAUGCUGUCAUGAUGUCCCUGUAAGUGCAACAGCCCAUUUUCAAGCAUACUGGUGCCAGGCAGAAAGUGGAGCUCAAUUGCCAUCGGACAGCGGUUAUUUAUUUGGUGGUCUUUUUUCAAGUACCAUUGAUAAUAUAAAUACUGGUUCAAAGUCAUGUCCACAACAUUACAAUAGUUUCCACAUCUUGUAUAACACACAAAUAUGCGUAAGUGAUGAUUUUGAACUCGCAAGUCCAUAUGCCGUGCCUUUUGGUGGAUUUCAUAGUUGCCAAAGUAUUAAUCCACUAGCUAGCGGACCAGGAUCAUCUAAAUAUUGUCCAAAAGGCUUUAGUAACCAUCUAGUUACCAUUGAUGAUUCCUGCGAAGUUAACUAUUGUAUUCAAACAGGGAAAUUGGGAGGUUUGAAGUUGCCCAGUGCUCAAUUUCCACCUUACAUUGAUGUCCCAGCAGAAAGUAUGGAAGAAGCCGCACACUAUAUGAUCUCUGAUGAUAAAACGUCUUGGACUCGAAUAGUCAAUCCCAAAACGGGCAAGAUCCAUCCCGACGAGAAAAAAUGGACCUCCAUGCAGUCUUCAUCUACAGAAAAGAGCAAUUUAAAACAGACAUUCUCACAAAAUUAUGAUGACAUUAUGCAUGGAAGCGGUUUGUCGAAAGGAGCAGUAGCAGGAGUGUCCGUCGCAGCGACAACUACAUUUUUUUGCCUUCUUGUGGGUAUUUUGGUUGGAAUUAGGCGUCACCGAAGAAUACGAUUAGAACACUCCAGACUUCAAUAAAACUGUCUGUCAUAUAAUU